AUGUUAAACAUUGCAAUGCAGAAACAUAGUAACAACCGCGGUAAAUUAAUUCUUUGUUUUCGUGAAUUUUACAUUAGUUCUCGAUUCUAUUCGAUGAGUGAAUUUCUUAUUCGUAUAAAAACAUCUGAUAAAAAUAUAAAUGAUUAUAAUAAAAUAAUUUCAUUACGAAUCUAUGAUGAUAAACAUCAAUCAAGUGAAGAAAUAAUUUUAAAAAAAUCUGAAAUAGAAAAUGAAAAUAUUAAUAUAUAUCAUAUUCGAAUACAACAAAAAUUAAAUGAAACAAUACAAAGACUUAAAUUACAUUCAAUACAAAUUCAUCAACAACAACAAUCGGAAGAUGAUAAUAAAAAUGAACGAAUAUUUUUGAAAUGGAUUGAAGUAAAUGAUCUUAAUACAAAACAUACAUUUUGUUUUCCAAUCAAUGAUUAUUUACCAUCAAGUCCUGGUGAUGUAUUAGAAUUAACUAAAGUAUAUCAAGAUAAAACUUGCGAAAAAAAUACAGAUAAUCAAACAUUAUUUAAAAUACGAACACGAGUCGGUCAUAAAGGUCUUCUUGCUUUUCAUAUAAGUGGAACAGAUGUAAAAGUUUAUAUACGUUUGUAUGAAGGUGAAAAAGUUUCAGAUGAUAUUUUAUUAAAUAAUUCCUUAACACAUAAUAAUCCAUUUGAAAGUGGUCAUACCGAUGUAUUUGAAAUUGGUAUUUCACAAGAUAUUGUAUCUCCAGAUCGUAUUGAAAUAUUUUCUAAUGAAAAAAAACAUGAUGGAUUAUAUUUAAAAUGGAUUGAAAUUAUGAAUAUGAAUACAUUAGAACGGAAAUGUUUUCCUGUUAAUCGAUCGAUUGAUUUAAAAGAAGAAAGUCAUAUUAUAUUAACAAAUUUUAUUAUCGAUGAAUCAUGUGAAGAAAAUGAAUAUCGUGAACAUCAUAUUCAUGAUCAAUAUAAAACUGAAUAUAUUAUUCGUACUAAAACAAGUCUUAAUCAACCAUUAAAUAGUACUAAUACUCAUGCAAAUAUUUAUUUAAAAAUUUAUGAUCAUAAAAAGAAACAUACAGAAGAUUUGUUAUUAAGUAAUUCGAAACAUCAAACAAAUCCUUUUCAAGCAGGACAAAUUGAUAAAUUUCAUAUUGGUUCAAUUCAAUUAAUGGAUGAUAGUAUUGAUAAAAUUGAAUUAUGGCAUGAUAAUAAAUCGAAUUUUAAUUGGUUUUGUCAAUGGAUUGAAAUAAAAAAUAAGAAAACAGAUAGUAUAAAAUGUUUUGGUGUUAAUCGGCUUUUAUCACAAAAACUUAUUCUUACUAUUCAUUCAAAUUAUCCAUGUGAUAAAAUCGAACAUGAAUUAUAUGAUUUAACUAAAAAUGUAGCUAUCGAUAAUCAAUAUUCUCAUUUUCAAACAUCAAAUAAAAAUGAAUUUAUUAAAAAAUAUUUAAUAAAAAUAAAAACUGGAAAUAAAUCAUUAUCAACAACGAAUGCUCAUGUAUUUAUUCGUUUAUAUGAUAAUGAAAAUCGUUCAUCUGAAGAUAUUCUACUUGAUCAAACAGUUACAAAUAAAAUUCCAUUUCAAAAACAUGCAAUAGAUGAAUUCCAUGCGGGUACAUUAAAAAAUUUAUCGGAUUUACAAAAAAUUCGUUUAUGGUAUACCGAUGGAAGAAAUGAAAAAUGGAAUAUUGAAUGGUUACAAGUAAAUGAUAUCGAUGCUAAUCGUUUGUAUUGUUUUCCAGUAAAUAAACGAUUUGAUUCAAAUUCAGAUGAUAUUGUAUUAACUGAAUAUACUAUAAAUGAACCUUGUUCAACAAUAUCUUCACAAUAUAAACGAACAUAUCAUGUUGAAACUAAAACAGGCAAACGAGGUUUUCUUAAUUUAUCUCCUACAGGUACGAAUUCAAAUGUAUAUAUGCGAAUACAUGAUAAAAAUGGACAAAUAUCAGAACCAAUUGAACUUAAUAAAUCUCUUAAUCAUAAAAAUAAAUUUGAACGAGGACAAACAGAUGAAUUUGAUGUUGGUUCUAUUCAAUCAUUAGAUGAAAUUAAUAAACUUGAAUUAUGGCAUGAUAAUUCUGGUAUUGGACGUGGAUGGUUUGUAGAUUAUAUAGCUAUAACAGAUAAUAAAACUGGUGAUGAAGCAUGCUUUUUUAUUGGAGAAUAUUUAAAUAAAGAAAAUGGUGGUGUAGAAGAAAAACAUCUUAUAUUAGAUAAACAAACAGUUGGUAAUCGUCCAUGUCGUGAACAUCAAUUUGAUGGUGAUGAAUUAACAAUUGAUGAAACUAUACCAGCAGUUUUCAAGCAAACAUACCGUAUCGAAACAAAAACAGGUCAUUCUGGUACUAACACACCUGUAUUUAUUCGUAUUUAUGAUAAUAAUGAUAAAAUAUCUGAACCAAUUCAACUUAAAAAUUCAUUAAAUCAUAAAAAUAAAUUUGAACGAGAACAAACAGAUCAAUUUGAUGUUGGUACUCGUAUAGAUCUUGAAGGUGUAAAAAAACUCGAAUUAUGGUAUGAAAAUGAUGGAUGGGGAAUAGAUUAUAUUGUAGUUAUUGAUAAUAAAACAAAAGAUUCAUAUUGUUUUGUUAUUAAUGAAAUGUCGAAUAAAACUUCUGACUCGAAAAAUACACAUAUUUUACUUGAAUAUCCAUCCAUAAACGUUCUAUGUUCAAAAAACAAUGAUAAGAUUGAAAGAAAUUUUACUAUCAAAACUAAAACAGGUAAUCAUAUAGAAGCUGGUUCAACAACACCUAUUCAUAUUCAAUUAUUUGAUGAUCAAGAACAAAAAUCUGAAUAUAUUCGUCUUAAACAACAAGAUCAUGAUAAACAUAAUUUCGAGCCAGGAGCUAUCGAUGAAUUUGAAGUAACAUCAUCUCAACUACUCUCGAAUAAACUAGUUGGUAUUCGUGUAAAACAUAAUGCUAAUAAAUAUCAAGGAUGGUAUUGCGAAUGGAUUGAAAUUACUGAUAAAGAUAAUAAUAAAAUUUAUUGUUAUCCUAUUCAACGAUGGAUAGAUAAAGCUGAAAAUGAUAAAAAAACUGAUAUAUAUUUUACUGAUGUUUCAAAUGUACCAUGCCAUACAAUGUCUCAAUUAUCAACUAUAUCUUUCAAAAAUACUUAUCAUAUAAAAACUAAAACAGGAAAAAAUAACUUUCCUGAUAAAGGAAUUUUUAUUCGAAUUAUUGAUAAAAAUGGAAAUAUUUCUGAGAAUCUUCAAUUAAAUAGUUCAACUGAACAUACUGGAACUAGUAAACAAUUGAAUAGUAUUGAUCAAAUUGAAUUAUGGACUGAUGGGAAAGAUUUCGAUAGUGGAUGGUUAUGUGAAUAUAUUGAAAUUACUGAUAAUCAAACGGGUGAUAUUGCAUGUUUUCCUGUUAAUCAAUAUUUAAAUCAAAAGAAUGGUGGAAGCGAAAGAAAUCCAUUGAAAUUAAAACGAAGAAUAGGUGAUCGAUCUUGUCAAGAAAUAAUCGAAAAGAAUAAUACGAAUGAUAAUGAAUCAAUUAGUAAAUACAAAAGUACAUAUUCAAUAAUAACUAAAACAGGUCAAACUGGAACUAAUGCUCCUGUAUUUAUUCGUAUACAUGAUACUAAAGGUAAAAUAUCUGAAGCAAUUCAAUUAGAAAAUUCUACAAGACACACAAAUAAAUUCGAAAGAAAUCAAAUUGAUCAAUUUGAUAUUGGAACAUUGGAAAUGCUUGAAGGAAUAUCACGAGUUGAAUUAUGGCAUGAAGGAAAUAAAAAUAAUGGUUGGCAAGUUGAAUAUAUUCAACUGAUUGAUAAUCAAACAAAUACAUCUUAUUGUUUUCCUGUUCAUGGUUUAAAACAAACUCAUAUUCUUCUUGAAAGACCAUUAAUUAAUGUAUCUUGUUCUGAACAAAUGAAUACAGAUAUAAUUAGUCCAAAGAAAAUGAAAAAGACGAAGGAUAAAUAUGAACGAAAUUUUACUAUUCGAACAAAAACUGGUAAUCAAAUUGAAGCAAGUUCAACAACACCUAUUCAUAUUCAAUUAUUUGAUGAUCAAGAACAAAGUUCAGAAGAUAUUCGUUUGAAAUAUCAUGAUCAUGAUAAACAUAAUUUCGAAUCAGGAGCUAUUGAUGAAUUUCGAGUAACAUCUCAUCAACCGUUAUCAAAUAAACUAGUUGGUAUUCGUAUUAAACAUAAUGCUGAUAAAUAUCAAGGAUGGUAUUGCGAAUGGAUAGAAAUUAUUGAUGAAGAUAAUCAACAAACUUAUUGUUAUUCAAUACAACGAUGGAUAGAUAAAGCUGAAAAUGAUAAAAAAACUGAUGUGUAUUUCAAUAAUUUAUCAAAUGUUCCAUGCAAUUCUUUAUCUAAUACAAUGAUUUCAAUUACUGAAAAAUCGUAUGAUACCGAAUCACACACAUCUCAAAGAUCUUCUAUACCAUAUCAAAGUACUUAUCAUGUAGAAACGAAAACAGGCAAGAAAGGUUUUCUUAGUUUAUCACCUACUGGUACAAAUGCUGAUGUAUACAUUCAAAUAAUUGAUCAUGAUGGUAGUAAAUCAGAACCAAUGCAAUUAAAAAAAUCUAUUGAUCAUAAUAAUCAAUUCGAACGUGGUCAAACUGAUGAAUUCGAUAUUGGCUCAAUAAAACAACUAAAUGGUAUAAAACAAUUAGAAAUUUGGACGAAUGAAAAAGGUUUAGGACAUGGAUGGUAUGCUGAAUAUAUUAUUGUUACAGAUAAUAAAAGAAAUGAAGAAGCAUGUUUCUUGAUCGAUGCAUUUUUAAAUAAAAAGAAUGGUGGUGUCAUUGGUAAUCAUCUUAUAUUGAACAAAGAAACAAAUAAUAUUUCAUGCCGUGAGAAAUAUCAAGAAGAAGAAGAUGAUAUUGAUACUAUACAAACACGUCAAAUGAAAGCUAUUCGGCCAGUUACAGAUUCUUCAUCAAUGAUUCUUUAUAAAAGAACUUAUAAUGUUAAUACGAAAACAGGUCAUGAAGGAUCGUUGAAUACUGAUGCAGAUGUUCAUUUACGAAUUUAUGAUAAAACAGGUCAUAUAUCUGAACCAAUUUCAUUACGCCGUUCAACAAAACAUUCAAAUCCAUUUGAAAAGGGCAAUUUAGAUUCAUUUGAUAUUGGUACACAAGAAUCUCUUGAAAGUAUUGCUAAAAUUGAAUUAUAUCAUGAUGGACCAAGUCUUGAUCGUGAAUGGGAUAUGGAAUAUAUUACUAUUCUUGAUAAUCUUACAGGACAUACUUAUUGUUUUUCAUCUGAUAAAUUGAUUCGUAAUUCUGAACAUAUAAUACUAGAUGUACCAUGUGAAGAAAUUAAUAAAGAACAAAUGAAAUCGAAGAUUAUUGAUACAAAAGAUAAACAAAAACGUAGUUUUUCUGUACGAACUAAAACUGGUUCUCAUGUAGAAGCUGGUUCAACAACACCCAUCUAUCUUCGUCUAUUCGAUGAUCAAUUUCAAAAAUCUGAAAAAAUUCGUUUAAAACAAAAAGAUAAAGAUGGACAUCAUUUUCAAUCAGGAUCCAUAGAUGAAUUUCAUAUUACAUCUGAUAAACCAUUCAAUAAGUUAACUGCUAUUGAAAUUUCACAUACUGCUGAUAAAUAUCAAGGAUGGUAUGGUGAAUGGAUAUCAAUAACUGAUAAUGAUACAAAUGAAAUAUAUUGUUUUCCUUUACAACGUUGGUUAGAUAAAGGAGAAUUAGAUGGAAAAACUGAUGUCUAUUUAAAAUAUAUUCCAACUACAAUUCCUUGUGAACAAUUACCCGAUACAAUGAAAAGACGAAGUUUAUUACGAACUACACCUAUUGAAAAAUUAGAAUCUAAAAAUUCUAUAGAAGAAUAUAAAACAAUAUAUCAUGUUCAAAUAAAAACAGCAAAAAAAGGUCUUUUAGGUUUAGCACCUACAGGUACCGACGCUAAUGUAUUUAUUCGAAUUCAUGAUAAUAAUGGAAAUAUAUCUGAACCAAUUGAACUUAAAGAAUCUAUUGAUCAUAAAAAUAAAUUUGCUCGUGGAAAAAUAGAUGAUUUCGAUGUUGGAUCUAUUCAUGAGUUAAAUGGUGUUGAUAAACUUGAAUUAUGGACUGAUGGUAAAGGUAUUGGUAAUGGUUGGUAUCCAGAAUAUGUUCAAAUAGCUGAUCAAAAGACAGGUGAAAUCAGUUGUUUUAUCAUUGAACAAUAUUUAAAUGAAAAAUAUGGUGGAGUAAAGAAUGAUCAUUUAAUAUUUAGUAAACAAAAAGAUAAUCGAUUAUGUAAUGAAUUAAAAAAUGAUGAUACAUUGAAUUCCUAUGAAAAAGAAAGAUUUCAAGUAGAAAUCAAAACAGGAUUGAACGACAUUGGACAUGAUGCUUCAGUAUUUAUUCAAAUUUCUGAUAAUAAUGAUCGUAAAUCUGAUGUAAUUCAAUUAAAACAUUCAAUUAAACAUCGAACUAAAUUUCAACGAAAUCAAACAGAUAAUUUUCUUAUUGAUACUGAAGAGCCACUUGAUGGUGUUUCUAAACUUGAUUUAUGGUAUAAAGGAAAUAAAAAUGAUAAAUGGCGAGUUGAUUAUAUUAAUAUAACUGAUAAUAAAACAAAUAUUUCCUAUUGUUUUCCAAUUAAUGCAAUACUUGAUUUAACACAAUCAAAUUUUCAUUUUGAAAAUCCAUUAAUUAAUGUAUCUUGUAAAGAAGAGAAUGAACUAAGUUAUACAUCAAUAUCGAAAAAACUUAAAUCAGAUAGAUUAUCUCGUAAUUAUACAGUUCAAACAAAAACAGGUAAUCAUCCAUCAGCUGGUUCAACAACUCCAAUUCAUCUUCAAUUAAUUGAUAUUUAUGAUAAAAAAUCGAAAGAUAUUCGUCUUAAAAAGAAAGAUAUGGAAGGUCAUCAUUUUGCACCAGGAAAUAUUGAUGAAUUUAAAAUUUCAUUAUCGGAAUCAUUAUCAAUAUUAAAAGCAAUUAAACUUUCACUUGAUGCUGAUAAAUAUCAAGGUUGGUAUGGUGAAUGGAUCUCAAUAACCGAUAAUGAUACAAAUGAAAUCUAUUGUUUUCCAAUACAACGUUGGUUAGAUAAAGGUGAAGAUGAUCAUAAAACUCAUGUUAUUUUAUAUCAACAAUCUGAUAGUCCUUGUAAUCAAUUACCUGAUUCAAUGCUUAUUUCAUCUUCACCAAUAAAUAACGAAGAAAAUAUGAGAACUUCUACUACUGAUCAAGAAUUUCAAAUAUGUACACAAACAGCUGAUAAAUCAUUACAAGGCAAACCAGGAUAUAAUGCUAAUGUUUAUCUAAAUUUAUAUGAUAAAAAUAAUAAACAAUUAGGUGAUUCUAUUCGUCUUGAAAGCUCUAAAAAUCAUAAAAUACCAUUUCAAAAACAUCAUACAGAUAAAUUUAAUAUAACAUUAUCGAAUAUAACUAUCUUUGAUAUUGAUCGAAUUGAUCUUUAUCAUGACGGGCAAAAUGAUGGAUGGUUUUGUGAUUUUGUUGAAUUAAAAAAUCUUCAAACAAAUCAAACAAAAUGUUUUUCUGUUCAUCAAUGGUUAGAUAAAAUAUCUGAUAAUAUGCAUUUUUCAAUGACUAACUAUCAAACGAUUUCUUGUGAUGAUAAACGAUAUAACAGAAAUAUUUCGAAUUAUUAUUAUUAUACUGUACGUAUUAAAACAAAUCAAACAAAUUUAUUACCCAAUGAUUUUGUUCAUGUUUCUUUAAAACUUUUUGGUAAAAUUCAUCAAACUGAACAAAUUCAAUUAGAUCAAACUAUUGAUAAUCAACAAGCAUUUCAUCGAAAUAAUUCUAUUGAUACAUUUGAAAUUCGUACGCCUACAAAAUUAAAUUCGCUUGAAAAAAUUGAAUUUUAUUAUGAAUUUCAAAUAAAUUAUGGAAAACUUUCAUUAGAAUGGAUUGAAAUAACAAAUUUGUCGAAUGGAAUUAUUUCUUGUUUUCCAAUCAAUCGUAUAUUAACACAAUUGAAUAAUAAUAAACGAAUUCAACAAAUCUUAACUCUUACUGAAUUCACGAAUAAAUCUUGUUCGGAUUAA